CUCUGACCUGCGCCCCCCCGCCCCGCACCCGGCUCCUAAUCCCCUAGGCCUUGAUUUGAUCCUCUGCGCAGAACAGACUCACCCCCCUCUACCCCGUAGCCAGUUGUCUCUGGCCCUCCCGGGUGCCCUCAGGACCCGUCCUACUUGUCCACAACCAGGAGGUCAGAGCCCUCGCCCCGCACUACCAGAACGCCCGCAGUCUGGCUGCAUCUGCGUUUUGGGGCCGUCGGAUAUCCAGUACCUCCGCUGUCCACCUGCAGCUCGGCCCUUCCAGGUGAUGGUGCGCGGCCACAGCCGCCCCUGGUGCGUAGGUGUGGGCUACCUAAAUUGGGUCGGAGAGGGGGCUUUGAGCAACGCGCUGGCAGCUUCCGCAGCCGCUGAAACUAAGCCCCACAUCUCCCGGAAGAUUUCAAAUUCAGCGUCCUCUGCUACUAGGGGCUUCUGGAAAUGGUUCUCAGACCAGCUUUUCUCUGACAGGGGCACGGGGCGAUCUGCGGACCUGGAUGAAAGCGCCCUGGGCUUUAAGCUGAGCCGGCAAAAAUGGGCCUCUUCUAGGGGCUUUGCCGUUCGCUCAGGGUCUUUGGAGGUUCCGUGCUCUGGGAUGUCUCCAGCCGCGCCGGGCUGGCUCUAUUCCUGGCUCGGCCGCUUCCCGCCCAGGGCAUCAUGAGUUACUUCCUGUCUUACUGCAAAGCUCACGGCGGCGCGCUGCUCACCGGCUACCAGGCCCUGCGCGCCGAGGGCUUCCUGUGCGACGUGACACUAGAGGCUGAGGGCAGCGAGUUCCCAGCGCACAGGUCCCUCCUUGCGUGCUCCAGCGAUUACUUCAGAGCCCUGUUCAAGAGCCACACCCGAGAAUCACGGGCGCGCGUGAUCCACCUGCACGUGCCGUCCGCUGCCGGCCUGCAGCGCUUACUGGACUUUAUCUAUACUGCCUGGCUGCCUCUCUCCAUGGACACAGUGGAGGACACUCUGGAGGCCGCCAGCUACCUGCAGGUCACCGAGGCCCUGGGGCUGUGUGGUCGCUACCUGGAGCGUCAGUUGGCCCCAGAGAACUGCUGCUUCACCGCCAACGUGGCGGCGCGCUUUGGCCUGGCGAAUACGCUGGGCGCAGCUGAGCGCUGCAUCGUGCACCACUUGCGUGAGCUGCUGGUGCUGGGCGUGGGGCCUGCGGGGCUGCUGGAACUCAAUCCAGGAUCCCUUAAGGUCGUACUAGGUGCACCCGACGUGGCACGGGUGCCCGAGGCCCGGCUGUUGGGCAUGACGCUGGCCUGGCUGCGGCAGGAGCCGGCAGCAGAGCGCCUGGCGCACAGUGCUGAGCUGCUUGAACGUAUACGUUUUGGCCUGGUGCCCGCUGAGGUCCUACGGCGCGUAUAUUCGGGCUCUGGCCUUGCCCUGCCCGCUCGGGUCAAGGGCCUCAUCAUCCAGGCCCUUAACUAUCAUAUGGAACCCUCCCGCCAGCCGCUCCUACAUUGCGAACAGACCAGCAUCAGGAGUCCCCAGACCCGCAUCUUGUUGGUUGGGGGUCGCAGGGCACGGGAGGUGGUGAUAGAGGAGGUCGUAGUUCCACGGGCAGCAGCCAGGCAACCGGGCCCAGCAGCUGAACCCCAAGAGGAGGAGGAGGAAGAGGAAGAGAUGGAGGAGGAAGAAAAGGAGUGGGAGCUCACCCAGGACGUAGUGGCCUUCGAUGUAUACAAUCACCGUUGGCGCAGCCUCACGCGGCUGCCUGCACCAUUGCUAGGGCACAGCGUGUGUACCGUGGGUAACUUUCUGUUUGUCUUGGGUGGGGAAACUUCUUCUGGCAACCCCUCCACUCCCCUGGCUGAUAGCCCACGGGCAGUCACAGCCAAAGUGCACCGUUAUGACCCGCGCUUCCACGCUUGGACAGCAGUGCCCGAUAUGAGAGAAGCGCGGACCUACUUCUGGUGCGGUGUGGUGGGCGAGUGUCUCCUGGCCGUAGGAGGCCUGGGAGCUGGUGGUGAAGCACUGGCCUCGGUGGAGAUGUAUGACCUGCGCAGGGACCGCUGGACUGCAGCUGCGUCACUGCCUCGGGCUCUGCAUGGCCAUGCAGGGGCCGUCGGAGACCGGGGUAUUGUGUACAUCUCUGGGGGCAAGGCAGGGAGAGGUGAGGGCGGCGCAAGUAGCCUCCGGGACUUGUAUGCCCUGGGCCCUGGUGAGCAGAUAUGGAGCAAGAGGGCGCCCAUGGGCACGGCCCGAUUUGGGCACCACCUCGCGGUGCUGAGAGGUGCAGUGUUUGCCUUUCUGGGACGAUAUGAACCCUUCUCUGAGAUCGAGCGCUAUGACCCUGGUUCGGAUCAGUGGACUCGGUUGAGGCCGCUGCCCUAUGACCGGUUCUGCUAUGGGCUGGCGGUGGUGGAGGAGACUGCGUUGCUGCUGGGCGGCCUCAAGUGGCGGGACUCGCGCCAGGUGCCUACCCGUAACGUGGUGGGUUACGACCUCGACCUGGACCGCUGGGAGGACAUCAGCUGCGCGCUGCCCUGGGCCUGGAGCGGCCUGCAGUGCGCGGUGCUGCAGCUGACUGAGGGUGGGGACGAAGAGAGGGAGGAAGAGCCUGGAGAGGUGCUAGAUUUAAUGCUGGGUUAGUCUAGUCUCCGUCUUGGGAGGAUGGAGGAAAAAGUCUUGCAAUAGAUGGGCUUUUCCAGAGUGGAACUGUGAUAGCAGAUCCGCUUCUGAAGGCUGAGGAGGUAAAAGAGGCAUUGGCCAAAGGGAAACAGUUCCUCUUGAGCUGAGAAUGGGAGACAGGAGAGGUCACGUGGAAGGAUAUGAAUCAGCUUCAAUGAGCUGGUCUUUUGAAAAUAAAAUGAGACCUUAUUUUCCCUCUUAAAGUGUCACUAGAUGCUAGGUGCCAGUUAAUACCUUCAUGCUCUCUCCCCCCAUAAAAGGUCAAAAAUGUUCACAAAGUUAUACACAAACUCCAGAAAAUUUUUGGCUAUAAAAGCUGUAAUAAAUAGUCUUAGAAGAUGGUAUUAUCUGAAUAAUAGUGAAGGGAAAGUGCCUUGGUUAAACAGUAUGAAAUCAUUGUAGGGAUAGCUAUGAUUUUAUGAUCCACAGCCAUGGUUAUAGUUCUACUCUGAUAGUUCUAUAAAAAUAGGGAUCUGAGGGGGAAAAUCUCUAAGGAAGCACUUUCUUUGAGACAGUAUCCUUGGUUAAAUUUUUCCUUCCCUGGUCUCCACUUUUGUACUGGCUUUAGGCAGUUCAUUGGUUUAAAGUCAUAUUUCAGCAACCCUUAGCAACAAUAGUCUGUAUUUUUUAAAAAAAAUUAAUAGUUUUUGGUGGAUUCUCCCCACUUCCCCCAAAAGAAUCACAGAGAAAGGAAAGAACAGUAAGUGAAGUUUUUCUUUUUGUGUAGGUAAGUAGGGAACCAGAUUAGUUUUUCAAGGUCUCAGAGAAAAUACUUGAAAGCUUAGGACAGGUGCUCCCUCUGACUUGUGCCAACAAGGAGGUGGCAAAAUUGGAUUUCUUAACUGGGGUGGUGGUAUUGCUGGUGGCUGUGUGAUUAGGUCACAAAGAAAUGUGGAAAGGACUUUGCAUGAAUAAAGUAGUUGCUUUAUGAGGAUUCAUUAAGAGCUGAAUUUAUUUGACUUCAGUUUACAAUGGUGCCUCUCUCCUAGAUUUGAAACUAAUGCAAUAAGUUGUACAGAUAUAUAGUGUUAAAAGAUCUCUUUCAUGCUAGGCUAGCCACGAGUCUUGUAAAAUUUCAUUAGUUUAAUUUUUACCAUUUAAAACAACAGAGCUGACUUUACAAAAGUAGAAGCUGCUUAGUAGCAACAGAGCUAGUCUUCCCAUCAACUGCUUGCUGUUUACAGGCCUUAACCUGGCCCCUGUUUACAUGACACAUCCAUCAGGUACAAAUAGUUUUAAGUGAACAUACACAUUUGGUCUAGUAAACAUCAAUAAGUCUAAACACCUGUAACAAGCACACUUCAUUUUAGGACAAGAAGGGUUUUUUUUUGUUGUUGUUUGUACAUAUACAAAAUCCCACAAAUUUAAUGUGCAUCAAUAUCCAUGCAGUAAAUAAAUGUUUUUACAAAUAGAGUUUUUAAAUGAUAAAAAUAUUACACUGGACCCAAAAUUCCAUACAAACAUUAAUACAUGAUUUCUCAUCCAUUUUGACUAAAUAUAGGAUUACUGAAAAUGUGCUGUAGAAAGGCCACUCUCCUGUACAGUUGUGCAAAGUCUGCAAAACGAUAGUGAUUCAAUGGUGGUUUCAAAAGCAAAGAAAAAAUCCCCGCUGUGGAGUUUUACUUUCUCCUCUACAGCAAAAAUAUUCACUGGCAUAUAUCUGAACUCUUAAAGAUGUAAGUACAUUCACUGAGCUGUACAGGCAACAGUAUAAAGCUGAUUAGAAGUAGAUUUUAGGAUAUAGAAUAGUAAAGGAGGGUCCCUUCCUCCUCCUGGAAAAAACAGCAAAUUGUGACUUGUACGUUAUGCAGCCAGACACUAAAAAGCAGCACAGUCAUUUUCAUGCUGUGAUCACUUUCAAAAAACGAGACGCUUAUAAAUGGAAAUAUAUGAAGAGGACUUUUUCAUAGACUUCAUCCACUCUAUAGAACAAUUCAUGAUGCUAGGAAAAACCUCUAAAUUUGUUCUCUCAUAUAACUCAAUGUAACAUCUCUCUAACCAUCACCCUUUUGCUCUUUAGGCGAGAAGUACAUUUUUAUUUUUAACAUCGUAUUCUCUAUAUAGCACACAGCCACCUAAAAUUAAACAUAGUUUACUUCCCUUCCUGAAGUAUAAUUACAUAAGUUCAAUUAGUGAACUGUGGGGUGGAACUGGAGACUAACUGGAAAGUUGAUUCAUUUCAGUUUAUACCUUGUCAUCUUUUAAGAGUUAAGAUUUCAAAAACAUGAGUUUGGGCUGAACUUAUACGUAUAGCUGUUAGCUGCCUUUCUGGGUGAGUUAAGUCUGUUUUAAAAAAUCCAUUCUUAAAUUCUUCUGUACACAAUCAGCAUUUCAUCACUACAAAAAUAAAUGAAGAUUUAAACCAAGAAAAUAAAGCAGCUCUAUCUUCAAUUUUGGUCUUAGUUACAAAAACAUCUUACAAAGCUUUGCCCUGAUAAACCAUUAAGUGUUCUCAUGGAUUUGGAAUAGUACUUCCAUUAACCAGCUUUCACAAGUUAAUAGACUAUUAAGACGAAUAUUAGAUACCUGAACUUUUCUUAUGUCGAUGCUCUUCUAUUUUGCUUAACUCUUUGUAUGCACACCUACAUUUCACAAAAAUAAAACUACAGCAUUAAACUUUGUGCAAUGUUUAAGAAAAUUCUUAGGACAUCUUAAUAAAUAUAAAAAAGGUUUAAAUUCUUUCCCACCCACAAGGAUGUCUGCACCUGAAAAAAUGUGAUUUACGUUUGAAGUCUUGUUUAUAUAAAAUUAACUUAGAGGGAGAAAAGAUGACCUUAGAUAGAAAACUGCCUUUUUGUGGCUUUACUACUUGAAGACCACCUGUAUUCAGAAUUGUUUUCAAAAGUUAAUUUUAAGUCAUUAAAGAUAGUUGAGUUUGCACAUGGUAAACAUAAGCUGAGCACUGAUUGCAUAUAAAAUAUACAAAUGCUCAUUAAAGACAGUGGUAUUGUGACCAUAUAUGGUUUGUUUCAUAUAGUUUGGUAACAUUAAAGUAUAGCUUGUCAAGUAUCCUGCACAUUGAUAUAAAAACUACCUUAUAUACUUGUUCAGAGUACCAGCAGGUACUAGAUGGCCUGAAGGCUGAAUGCACUUAAACAUGCGUUUCGAUGUAAGAAUGAGUAUGUGUUAGAGAGGAAGUAAUUACAUCUACUUCAGGAGAAAUACUUAAUGGGUCAUUUGAGGUGGUGUUUUGACAGAUAUCCAAGAAAAGGUCGAGGUACAUCUGCUUCCACUGUUGGAAUUCUUUAGACGUCAAGUCUGGAUUGUCUAGGACUU